GGCACAUUCGCCUUGGCCACCAAUGCCUCCGACGGACGUGGUCGAAGGCGUGCCACUCCUGGUCGUCAAGCCACAUGCGGCAUCGCUUGACAAGUUAGUUCAGUCCAAGUCGCCCACGUCGACAAACACCAACAACCAAGGCUCUGUCUUUUCGUCGUAUGUUGGCAUCUUGUGUGCCAUGCUGGGAGCCGGCAUCAUGACGUUGCCGAGCACGAUCUCCGCCAUGACGCCAGCGUUCGGCGUGGGACUAUUGCUCGUGACUGGAUUUCUGGCUUUCGCGUCGCUGCGAUGCCUCUGUCUCUCCGCGGAUGUGACCGGGUUGUACUCGUACGAGCACUUGAGCACCCGGUUCUUUCCCCCGAUCCUGCAGUGGAUGCUUCGGGUGUUGACGCUAGUGCCUUGCUUUGGGGCGUGCGUCAUGUACAUGAUUGUGGCCAUGGACAUGUUGCUGCCAUUCGUGGGUAUCUCUCGUCCGCUGUUGUGUGCUGCCUACGCCGUUCUAGCGUAUCCCCUUUGCCUCUUGGACUCGUUUCACGCAUUGCAGUACAGCAACACCGUUGUGAUUUUCUGCAUCUUUUACAUCACUGGUGUGUUGGUGCACCACGCUUGGGGAAGGCCGUGGCCUGACCAAUCGACGCUGCCCAUAACAAGUGUGACGUGGGCUGGGCUAGCGUAUGCUAUUCCCAUUCAAACGUUCAGCUUUUGCUGCCACUUCAACUACAUGCGCGUGUACGGUGAACUGCAACACAAACCGUUGGUGUCAACUAUAACGUGGCUCGUGAUUGGGUCGGCGUUCUUGAUCUACGGGACGUACUCUGUCGCAGGCUACAUUGUCUUUCAAGGGUUGCCUCCCCACGACAUCCUCACGGGGUUUCCCAUCUCGGAUGCGUCCGUGACUGGCGUCAGGCUCGCGCUGGCCAUGUGUAUGUGGUGUAAGAUGCCGCUGGCGUAUCAACCGAUUCGAGAUGUGGCGGAAGUCGUGUGUUUGCCCUAUUUGGCACCCUUGACCAAAUGGCCGUUUCGCGUGCCGUUCACCGGGGUACAUAGCAUACACCAUGUUUUUUCCCUGGCUUUAACGACGACUUUGAUGACGCGCCUAUCCUGUUGAUGUCCCAACCCUUAUUACUGUACACAGGCGUUUUUGCUGAUGGCGUACGGUGUCGCAGUUACCGCCGAGGACCUGAGCGUGGUGAUGGACUGGAUUGGGGCCACCGAUGGCAUCUUGGUGGCGUUUGUGGUGCCGGGCUUGUUUCUGUAUGCUGCGACCAAGGAGUACCAAGACAAGUUACCCUCGUAUGCGUCCAUGUUGGCGCUGUCCAUGGCGUGCGUGGGGCUCGUGCUCACCACGUUUACCGUGUACCGGCUAGUGUUUGAAUAAAAAGUGCAGUGCCCUGAUCUGAAUACAUAGUUUAUGGAAAUAAUAAUAUAAGGUAUUCGUCUGCACUCA